CUUCAAAAGAAAAUAAAGAAUAGACGAGUGGGUGGGAGAAUUUUGGGCUCAGAGAGUGACUGAGAGAGAGGGAGAGGGAGAGGGAGAGGGAGAGGAAGAGAGAGAGAGGGAGAGAGAUGUUGGAGAAUUGGAGGGUCGUGGUGGUGGUCUUCAGCAUCUGCAUUUUGGGAUGGAGGCCCAGUACUACAAAUGGUGCCACAGAUCCAUCAGACGCUGCUGCUCUAAGGGCCAUGUAUAGCGGUUUAAAUUCACCUAAUCAGUUAACCCAGUGGAGUUCAACUGGUGAUGAUCCAUGUGGGCAGUCUUGGAAAGGCGUUACAUGUGCAGGCACACGGGUGACAGAAAUUAAAUUAUCCGGGCUUGGACUUUCUGGGAAUAUGGGAUACCAGCUUGCAAGUUUGACAUCGUUAACCAUCCUGGACAUGAGCAAUAAUAAUCUUGGAGGCGAGAUACCUUAUCAGCUUCCUCCAAAUGUGUCUCAACUGAAUCUUGCUUCCAAUAACUUUAAUGGAGCUAUCCCUUACUCCGUUUCGCAGAUGGUUUCUCUUAAAUACUUAAACAUCAGUCACAAUCAGAUUCCAAACCAACUGAAUGACAUGUUUGGACAACUUUCCUCUCUCUCCACAUUGGAUCUCUCUUUCAAUACUAUGUCGGGCAACCUCCCAGAGAGUUUUAGCUCCCUCUCAAGUAUGACCUCAAUGUACUUGCAAAACAACCAGUUUACAGGCCCUAUUGAUGUUGUUGCUAAUCUUCCCCUGGAAAAUCUGAAUGUUGAAAAUAACCAUUUCACUGGCUGGAUUCCCGAACAGUUGAAAAACAUUAAUCUGCAGAAGGAUGGCAACUCAUGGAGCUCAGGGCUUGCACCCCCCCCUCCACCUGGCACGCCUCCAGCCAGAAAAGCUAAUCCAAAUCGCAACUCUGGUGGCAAUAACAGCCCGUCUGAUGGUAGUGCGGGUGGGGGCGGCAACAAGUCAGGGAUAGGGGCUGGUGGCAUAGCAGGAAUCGUGAUAUCCAUCUUUGUUGUUGGGGCAAUUGUUGCAUUCUUUUUAAUGAAGAGAAGAUCCAGGAGGUCAUCUUCAGACAUUGAAAAGUUUGAUAAUCAGCCCUUCGCUCCUCUUGUUUCAAAUGAAGUGCAAGAAAUGAAGUCUAUACAAACUUCAUCCACAAUCAGCACGAAGGCUUUUGAUACUACUGCCUCAAUAAAUCUUAGACCCCCACCCAUCGAUCGACUCAAAUCAUUUGAUGAGGAAGAUUUCUCACAGAAGCCCAUUGUUGCCAAAAAAGCUAACACUGUUCUCAUAAAUGUGACAUCAUAUUCAAUAGCUGACCUGCAGAUGGCUACUGACAGCUUCAGUGUUGACAACCUUCUUGGUGAGGGGACAUUUGGACGUGUUUAUCGGGCUCGAUUUGAUGAUGGGAAGGUUCUUGCCGUGAAGAAAAUAGAUUCGUCUGUCCUACCCAAUGAAUUUUCUGAAGAAUUCACAGAGAUAGUUUCAAACAUCUCCCAGUUGCAUCAUCAAAAUGUCACAGAGCUAGUUGGUUAUUGUUCAGAGCAUGGGCAGCACCUGCUAGUCUAUGAGUUCCACAAAAAUGGCUCACUGCAUGACUUCCUGCAUCUAUCUGACGAUUACAGCAAGCCGUUGACAUGGAAUUCCCGCGUCAAGAUUGCUUUGGGAACUGCACGUGCAUUAGAGUACCUACAUGAAGUUUGCUCUCCAUCGGUGGUUCACAAAAAUAUAAAGUCAGCCAACAUAUUACUGGAUGCAGAACUCAAUCCUCACCUUUCGGACUGUGGCCUGGCAAGCCUUGUCUCAAAUGCAGAUCAGGAUGCAGGAUCUGGAUACGGUGCACCUGAGGUUUCCUUGUCUGGUCUAUAUACUCUAAAGAGUGAUGUGUACAGUUUUGGAGUGGUAAUGUUGGAGCUUCUUAGCGGGCGUAAACCAUUCGAUAGCUCGAGGCCAAGAUCUGAGCAAUCCUUGGUUCGAUGGGCAACACCUCAGCUCCAUGAUAUUGAUGCUCUUGGAAAAAUGGUUGAUCCAGCACUUAAAGGGCUCUACCCGGUUAAAUCUCUCUCCCGGUUUGCUGAUGUUAUUGCUCUUUGCGUCCAGCCGGAGCCUGAGUUCCGACCACCUAUGUCGGAAGUGGUUCAAGCGCUUGUUCGGUUAGUGCAACGAGCUAACAUGAGUAAGAGAACAAUUGGAAGUGAUCAAGGAGGAUCAUUCCAGAGAGCUGACAACCCAGAAACGCAUGAGUGAUUCCCUGCUUCAAAAUCUUCAAAAUUCCUGUUUGAUAAAACAAAUGAGAAAAGAAAAGUUACCUGGAUGGUGCUUAUGCUUUUCUUUCGUUGUACCAGUUGUUUUUUUUUUUUUUUUUUUUUUUUUUGGGGGGGGGGGGGGAGUCCUUGGAUGGUGAUUAUACUUGCUGAUGAGAUAUUUCGCUUUUGCUGCACCAUCCGAUGGCAGAAGUAGAAGCUUGAUGCGAUGUGUUUGUCAAUAUUAUUACAAUUGUAUCAGUGCUAAAUAUUUGAAAAAUUUGAAAUGGGUGCUGAAACUAACUUGAAGCUUA